GAUGCUGGAGCCGGUGUGAGCGGCACGGGGGCUGCAGCCGGCGGCGGCCCCCCCUGGCCCCCGCCCCGGGGGGGUGCCCAGCCAUGCCCGCCGGCAGCAACGAGCCCGAUGGCAUCCUCAGCUACCAGAGACACGAUGAGGAGGCUGUGAUUGACCAGGGCAGGACGAGCAACGUAGUCAACAUCCACUAUGAGAAGGAGGAGCUGGAAGGGCACCGGACGCUGUACGUGGGUGUGCGGAUGCCGCUGGUGCGCCAGGGCCACCGGCACCACCGCGCGCAUGGCCAGAGGCACCGCAAGCGGGAGCGCGAGAAGGACGCGGGCCCGGCCGAGCAGGGCUACCACUGUGAGUCCUCACGGGGCCUGGAGACACUUGCAUGGCUGUUUUAGCAAGGAAAAGUUUUUGUGGUGGUUUUUUUGGCUUUUUUUUUGUUUGUUUGUUUGGUUUUUUUGUGUUUCUGUGUGU